AUGUUAAGUGGUUACGACCUGGACGUGUACGGACUGGACAACGGUCAGUUUUACCUCAUCCACAUUCCAGCAAUGACAUGCAUUGCAUUAAGCCUAGUAUCCGCUAUACUCGUCUUAACGUUUUCAUUUAAGUCUCAGAACAUUAAGACGUUCUUCUCUUGGACUAAGAGUGAGCGAUUCGUCGUCUACUUAGCGUUGUGUGACGGUUUGUUUAACAUUUGUCACACGCUUGACCACGGUCACAUAGUACUGACCAGGAACCAUGUGUACCCCCCGGCUCUGUGCCAGUUUUACGCAUUUAUGCUGGCUGAAUUUAUCACUGCCCAGACCUUAUUGGUUAACAUUGCUGCUAUAAAUGCCUUUGUGUUGAUAUUUUUCCGGAAACACAUCUAUUUCGGAAAAUAUGACUGGAAGCUAUUACUGUGGACAUUUGGACUGCCGGGUAUUUGCUCAACUGUGGCGGGUGUGGCCGGACAACUGGGACCUAACGGAGCAUUUUGCUACUUUGAUGGAGUAAAGGGAGUUAUCACCAACAUCUUCUUCACAACUGUUCCACUCCUUCUAGUUCUAGCCAUCAAUAUCAUCAUGUACGUCCUCACGUGGAUCCGAAUCCGCUCGGAGGCCAAGAGGAUCAAAAGUACCGUCGGCAAGAAUGCGUCCACAGUCGUGGCCUCCCACAGAGCGGCCAAGUCCAUGUCGUUAUUCGUAAUGGCAUUCUUCAUCCAGUGGUGGGCCAUGGCGUUUUAUGGUGUGUGGCAAAUCAUAGCAGACGUACCACAAGCAAUCUUUCAGUUUGUCACUACGUUUUCUAACAUUGGUGGAAUCCUGAAUGGAAUAGUGUACAUCAUCAUCAGACGCAGAAGACGAGUAUCCCCGGCAGAAAGGGAAGACCAGACAGUGCACACACAGGUCUCGGAGAGUAGACACCCGAGGCGAGUAGGUCCAAUGAUCGACGUGUCCGAUACUUACCUCACAUCAACCAACGAUGAGAACAGGGACUCAUUGGUGGACAUGGUGACGAGUGAUAGACGUGUCCGAUACUUACCUCACAUCAACGAUGAGAACAGAGAACCAUUGGUGGACAUGGUGACGAGUGAUCGACGUGUCCGAUACUUACCUCACAUCAACGAUGAGAACAGAGAACCAUUGGUGGACAUGGUGACGAGUGAUUGA